UCUAUUUCAAGUACUGAUCUCCCAGUACUCGAUAAACACUGUAUCUUUGAAGUUGUAAUAUCAAUGUUGUCGCGAACAUGUUUGGUCCUGCUACAGAACUUGGCGAUUGAUGGCAGUAGCAGUAAGCAUGGAGUCUGUCUCAAUCUGCACUCGUUCCUCCUGAAGCUGCAUAUCCCCCAUCCAUGACAAGGCUUCUUUAACUCCAAUUGCUUCUGCUUCAAAUACUGACUCGGAGGCCAGGAGUUUCAUCGUCCUUCCUGCGACAAACGAGCCAUGGUGGUCUCGGAUCAACAUGCCAAUACUGAAGCAAUCUGCUCCAGGAAAGAAAGAAGCAUCAACAUUGAUUUUCAGAACACCUUCCUCGGGAGGGAGCCACUUUCUCUCCUUCUGAUCUGUUCUUUUCUUCUGAUCAGGUGCAUUGGUUCAGUCUGUAGUGGAAUUGUUUGGUCUCCCGAAGUAUCUCAAAACAACCAAAAUUCAAAUAUUAUCAUAAAGGAAGGUCACUCUGUUGUUGUGGUUGAAUAUGUUGGUGAGGGGAAAGAAGGUAAAACUAAAGUCUCAAUUUAUCCAAAGGACUAUUAUGAUGGUUUGGAAAAAGUUGAAGAAGCAAAAGAGUUUGUGAGUGAAAAUGUUGGUAAGGUGAAAAACAUUGUGGUUGAAGGAAGAGGUAAGGUUAUGGAUGGAGUUGACAAAGUAAAAGAGGUUGUGGGUGAAGGAAGCAGUAAGGUCAAGGACAAAGUAAAAGAGGUUGCGGGUGAAGGAAGUAGUAAAGUUAAGGAUGGAGCUCAUGAAGUAAAAGAGUUUGUGGAUGAACGAAGUAGUAGAGUUAAGGAUGAAGUUCAUAAAAUUAAAGAGGCUGUGGGUGAAAGAAGUAGUAAGGUUAAGGAUGGAGCUCAUAAAGUGAAAGAGCUUGUGGGUGAAGGAAGUGAGAAAGUCAAGGACGCAGCUCACAAAGUAAUAGAAAGUGAUACAAUGGAGACGCCCAGAAGAGCAUUAGAGGAUAUCAAGAGUAAUUUGUCAAACUUGGCGGAUAUUGAUAGGCAUGAUAUUGAGGAGGUUGUUUGUGAUGCAUUUGGUAAAUGCAAACAAGGUUUGGAGAAAGUUGAGGGGGCAACGAAGGUGGGUGUGACUAAAGGUGUUGGUAAAAUGAAGGAGGUUGUGGCUGAUGGAAGUAGUAAGGUUAAGGAUGUAACUGAAAAGGUAAAAGAUAGUGGUGCAAUGGAUACCCCUAAAAGAGGGGUAGAGGAUAUUCAGAGAAAUGUGUCUAUGAUUGGAGAUACAAUAGAAGCUCCUCGGAUGAAUUCUCUCAUGGGAGUGGUUCAGUUGCUAGGAUUUUCUAUAUCUUUUGGAAUGUCGAUGUGGAUGACAUUUGUUUCGUGUUAUAUUUUGGGUGAUGCUCUUCCAAGGGAACAAUUUGGGAUGCUACAGAGCAAGUUGUAUCCUAUAUAUUAUAAGAUUCAGGCCUACAGUACUGGAGUUGCUUUGAUGGCCCAUCUAUUCAGCCGUGGCAAAAAGAUCGUCUCAAGCAGUGCUGAGAUUUUCUACUCUAUAAACCUAGUUAUGUCUCUCCUGAUGUCAUUAGGGAAUUUUCUGUAUCUUGAGCCGAAGGCCACUCAGAUAAUGUCAGAGAGAUUUAAGGUGGAGAAAGAAGAAGGACGAGAAGGAGUGACUUCUCACCCUAGGUCUGGCAUAGCGGAUGAUGCAGGAGAUCCAGUGACUGCAACUACAGAACAACAGGGGGAAGUGAGAGCAGAGACGCACACUGCCAGGCUGAGUGAGAAGUUGCAGAUGAUCAACCGAAUUUCUUCUUAUGCUAAUAUAGCGGCGUUGAUAUCACUUUCCAUGCACAUGGUUUAUUUGGGGCUCCACAUUCAGUGAUUGCAAAGUAAGAAAAGAGAGGUUGGAGAUAUCAUGCACACAAUGGGGAGUUGUCAAGCUAUGGAAGAAUCUGUUCAUCUGUUCCUCGUAUUACUAGUUUUUUCUGUAUGUUUAUCUGUACUACUGGUUUUUGUUCCACAAUGUGAAUUCUUCUCGGCAAAAAUGAUGUAGAUAUUCGCCUUGCGUCAUAAUCUUUUGUUAGCGCCACAAUCUUUUGUAUCAAAAAUGAUGUAAUAUAUUUGUCGGAACAUUAAAACGUCGUAACAUGGUGACAAA